AUGGGGCCAGCUACCCCUGCUCUACCUGGGCCUCCGGGAGACCAAGGGCCGCCAGGACCACCUGGUGAAAGAGGGCCCAUGGGGCCAGUUGCCGCUGGUCUACCUGGGCCUCCGGGAGACCAAGGGCCGCCAGGACCACCUGGUGAAAGAGGGCCCACGGGGACACCCGGUCCACCUGGACCUCCCAUCACAACCCCAGCAGCCCCGACUGCUCCUCCUGCAGAGGCAGACUGUGCUGCAUAUAAAGCCGCCGGACACACGACCAGUGGAGUCUACACACUCGGCCCACCCCUGUCCGGUGUAACGGUCUACUGUGACAUGGAUACUGCAGGGGGUGGAUGGACUGUGAUCCAACGACGACAGGACGGGUCGGUUCCCUUCAACCGGACGUGGGCGGACUACAAGUAUGGGUUUGGGAACAAGAACGGGGAAUACUGGCUUGGGAACGAGAACAUCCACCUCCUGACGUCCCAUAAGAACUUUCGUUUGCGAAUUGAGCUGAUGGAUUGGAGUGGGCAAACACGCUACGCGGAAUACCGCACAUUUAGGGUGUCCGGUGAGUCCGACCAGUACCGGCUGACCUUAUAUGGGUUUUCAGGCGACGCGGGAGACUCCAUGACAGCUGCCAGCCAUAGCCUCGACGGACAAAGGUUCACCACUGUGGACAGGGACAAUGAUUCCUGGGGCCGCUCCUGUUCUCAGGCUUUCGGACAGGGCGGCUGGUGGUUUGGGGACUGCAGCAACUCCUUCCUCAACGGCCGCUACCUGGGCAACUGUGGAGAGUCCUGUGAAGCCUUUGAAGGGUUGGUGUGGACGACCUGGAAAGGAAAGCAUUACUCCCUCAAGUCCGUGUCUAUGAAAAUCAGGCCACGAUAGUCGCAUUUUGCUCUUAAUACUAAGUCUGAUCACGCUCAAUUGUUCAUGAAACCAUCAAUCCUACGUGGUCUGUAAUGCUGAAAAGUAACGCUCUCUUUUGUAGGGGCUUUGUAACAAAAUUAAGUCAAAAGAGUUGAUUUCAAAUGUUGAAUAUAUCAGAGAGGCAAACAUUUCUGUUUAG